AUGAUCCUCUGUUUUAGACCAAUCGAAGACUCCUCUCCUGGGCGGAGAGUCAAAGAAGAGACAAGUCAGCCUACCCAACACCUGAACUCCAUAUUUAAGGAUAUUGAGAAUGAAGUCAUCACUACAGUGAAGAAUCAGCUGAUGGGUUUCCAGAAGCUUCUGAAUGCAGAUUACCCAGAAUUCCCAAUGGGGGAGGUGAAGGAGGAAGAAGAGGAAGAUGAGAUUGCUAUUAGAGAACUGGCACUGAAGAUCACACUGUCCAAACUUAGGAAAAAGAAGCACACACACCUGGCUGACUUACUGCAGAAACAACUGGCCCCUGUAUCACAGCACAAAUUCAAAAAUAAAAUGGAACAGAAAUUCAAAACUAUAUCUGAAGAACUUUCAAAGCAAGGUAACCGAACACUUUUGAAUGAGAUCUACACAGAGCUCUACAUCACAGAGGGUGGAAGUGGAGAGGUCAAUAAUGAACAUGAGGUCAGACAGAUUGAGUCAGCAUCCAGGAGACCAGCAACAUCAGUGACACCAAUACAAUGUAAUGACAUCUUUAAACCCUUACCUGGACAAGACAAACCCAUCAGAACUGUGCUGACAAAGGGAGUUGCUGGCAUUGGAAAAACCGUCUCUGUGCAGAAGUUCAUUCUGGACUGGGCUGAAGGAAAAGCUAAUCAGGACAUCAACUUCAUAUUUCCACUUCCAUUCCGGGAACUGAAUUUGAUGACUGAGAAAACACUCAGUCUAAUGGACCUCGUUCUAUGUUUUUUUCCGGAAACAGAGGAACUGAAAGACACUGGCUAUGAAAAAUACAAAAUUUUGUUCAUCUUUGAUGGACUGGAUGAGUGUCGACUUCCUCUGGAUUUCCACAACAGUGAGAUCUUGUGUGAUGCAACACAACCAGUGUCUGUGGAUGCUCUGCUGACAAACCUCAUCAAGGGGAAUCUGCUUCCCUCUGCUCUCCUCUGGAUAACAUCACGACCAGCCGCAGCUAGCCGCAUCCCCCCCGAGUGGGUUGACCAGGUGACAGAGGUACGAGGGUUUAAUGACCCACAGAAAGAGGAAUACUUCAGGAAGAGAAUCAAUGAUCAGAACCUGGCGAGCAGAAUCACCACAUAUAUAAAGUUAUCAAGGAGCCUCUACAUCAUGUGUCACAUACCAGUCUUCUGUUGGAUUUCAGCCACUGUUCUAGAGAGAAUGUUGGGUAAAGUGGACACUGGAAAGAUUCCAAAGACUCUGACACAAAUGUACACACAGUUCUUGAUUUUUCAGACUAAACAGAGGAAUCUGAAAUAUGAUGGACAUAAUAGUAUGGAUCCAUCUUGGAAUAAAAAGACUGUUUUCUCACUGGGAAGACUGGCUUUUGAACAGUUGGAAAAAGGCAACCUGAUCUUCUAUGAGGAAGACCUGAGAGAGUGUGGCAUUGAUGUGAGGGAAGCAUCAGUGUACUCAGGACUGUGCACCCAGAUCUUUAGAGAGGAGUCAGGGCUGUACCAGAGAAAGGUGUACUGCUUUACUCAUCUCAGCAUUCAGGAGUUUCUGGCUGCUUUGUAUGUGUUUUUGUCCUUCAGUAACAGAGAUAACACAGAGCACAAUGAAAACAAUGAACUUUCCAGUCUCUUCAACAUGGAAACAAUAUCAGACCUGUUGAAGAGUGCAGUGGACAAGGCCUUGCAGAGUGAAAACGGACACCUGGACCUUUUCCUCCGCUUCCUUCUGGGUCUCUCACUGGAGUCCAAUCAGACACUCUUACAAGGCCUAUUGGCAGUGACAGGAAGCAGCUCACAGAACAAAGAGGAAACAGUCAAAUACAUCAAGGAAAAGAUCAGAGAGAAUCCACGUCCAGAGAAAUUCAUAAAUCUGUUCCAUUGUUUGAAUGAACUGAAUGAUCAUUCACUUGAGAAGGAGAUGCAAACAUACCUGAAGAAAAAUGACUUUUUUUGUCUCCCUGAAGUAAGAUUUACACCUUUGCAAUGGUCAGCUGUGGUUUUUGUGUUGAUGACAUCAGAGGAGGAUCUGGAUGUGUUUGAUCUGAGUAAAUAUGGCAGAUCAGAGGAAUGUCUUCUGGGACUGCUACCAGUGGUCAAAAUGUUCAGAAAAGCUGAGUUAUGGGAAUGUGAACUCACAGAGAAAAGUUGUGCAGCUCUUGCCUCAAUUCUCAGCUCACACUCCUCCAGUGUGAGAGAACUGGAACUUGGUGGCAAUAAUCUGCAAGAUUCAGGACUAAAACUACUCUCCGUUGGACUGAAGGAUCCACACUGUAAAGUGGAGUUACUGAGGCUGAGGGACUGUGACCUUACAGAGAAAAGCUGUGAAGCUCUGGCCUUAGUUCUCAGUUCAAACUCCCCAAGUCUGAGAGAAGUGGAUCUGAGUCUCAAUGCUCUUCAGGAUUCAGGAGUAGAGCACCUCUCUGCUGGACUGAAGAAUCCACAAUGUAAACUAGAGACGCUCCGGCUGGAAAGUUGUAAGCUGACAGAGAAAAGCUGUUCAGUACUGGCCUCAGCACUCAGCUCAAACUAUUAUGGUCUGAAAGAGCUGGACCUGAACUACAACCAACUACAAGACACAGGAAUAAAGUUUCUUUCUACUGGAUUGGAGAAACCACACUGUAAACUGGAGAUACUGCGUCUUAGCAGAUGUAGUCUCACUAAGGAAAGCUGUGCAGCACUGGCUUCAGUUUUCAGCUCAAACUCCUCCAGUUUGAAAAUACUGGACCUGAGUGAAAAUGAUCUACAAGAUGAAGGAAUGAAGCUGCUCUCUGUUGGACUGGAGAAUCCAUACUGUAACCUGAAGAUACUGAUCCUGUGGGAUUGCAACCUUACAGAGAGAAGCUGUGAAGCACUGGCCUCAGUCCUCAGCUCAGACUCCUCCAGUCUGAGAGAACUGGAUCUGAGUGGCAAUUAUCUGCAAGAUUCAGGAGUGAAGCUGCUCUCUGCUGGACUAAGGAAUCCACACUGUAAACUGGAGAAACUAAAUCUUAGCCAGUGCAGUGUAAGAAAUGAUGGUUAUGCUGCUCUGACAUCAGCUUUGAAUUCAAAUCCGUCACAUCUGAAAGAGUUGUAUGGGAUUGGGAAUUUUGUUGAAGACAAUGAAGUGAAGCUGCUCUCUGCUCUACUGGAGGAUCCACGCUAUAAACUGGAGAAAUUAGAGUGA